GUACAGUAGGCGGAUUUCUACUACUCGGCUCCAAUGUGAUCGGUGGCUAAUCACAAAAUAGGGUCGCCAAGGUCUUGCAUCAAGGCGCAGCGGAACCUGUACAUGGGGGCGGAAUCCUCCCACGGCGGAACAACGACUCAAGCCCCCAAUCUUGGUCGAUUUCCCGAUGCUGAGGACUUCGCUUAUUUCUCCUUUCUCCUGCGCAGUGGAUGCAUAUGAGGUCACUGUCUAAGUAUAUAUUCAAGCCUGGGCCCCCCCCCCCCGAGCAUGUGCCGCAACGUCAGCACUUCCCACUCCCAGUCCACCGACCUACCAUUCCUUGCAACUAUCAAAAGGCACUUCAAUAAAGACACUUGAAACCUUUCUCGAUAUACUCUUGACAACAAUGGCACCCCACGCACAGAAAUUCUUGGCACGACGGUACGACAGCUCGUACGAGGAGGAGGUCACCAAAGCUGGGAAGGGCCUCGUGAUUGGAUUGACCAUCUUGUUUAUCGCCAUCUUCGUUGGGAUAUGUACAUGCUGCUUCUGCUGUGUGGUCCGAAGCCAGAACAGAAGAACAGCCCGAACGGCCGAGCUCGCUAAGCAGGCCAACAUGCGGGUAGCAGAGAGGAAAGCACAAGAAGCGCAAGGAGUAAAUGUAAACGUACCGCCGCCAUCAUACAAUCCUUCGAACGUGACCUAUCCUGGCCAUCAGACGACAGGGGUGAGUCUCCUGACAGCGAAAUUGUACAGUGAAUGUGCACUGACGACGUGUAAUAGGCACCUCCAAAGGUGUGAUGAUGUGAUAGGUCCUUGACUGCGUCUCUCUUUGCAUGUUUUCUUGUUUUGUUUCGUAUAUUAUACCCAGCGUCAAAUCAUUUCAGAUACCCUACAAUGUUGUCAAUCGUUUUCUGUCUUCGGAAUUUUCACAUGAACAUCUCGAUAUACACCAAUCCCAUUCACAUCCUCAGACUUUUUCAUGUUAACUAAAUUUGAAUGAUGACAUUGAAUUAAUCUACCGAAAUUGCGCUUUUCGGUCGUCCACCGAGGGAUUGGAUACAGUGAUAGUACACAUAAUGUCUUGUUUUCCGCCUCCAAUUUCCCUUCUUGCUACCUAACACUCGUGAUUUCAGGAUGGCGAGAGUGGAUAGAAAGUCGUCGAUAUGCCUGCUAAUUGCAUCGAUGCCAACUCUACAAUUUCCCGGUCUGAUAGCUGACGUAUGGGUGAUAAUGAUAUUUUCGCUAUUAACCUCGUAUGACGUGAUAUGUAAGCGAAUCAAAACAACAGCUGAUAAUAAGGCAGUAAUCAUGUAGACAUUACUACAUACCCAUUU